UAACGAUUUCCAACAUUUUCCUCUUAAAAUUCAAAUUCUCUGUCGCUUGCUACAUGGGUUUUCUACUUCAUUUGUAAAGUGAAAAUAUCUAAAUCUGAAUUUUUUUUUAUUUUUUAUUCUUCUUUUCUUGUUUAUCGUCUUAAAGGAACUCAUUCGUCUUAGUCUUUUUGCCUUAGUCUAUGAGUCUUUAUUUCCUUGUCUAAAAGCAGCAGUUGUAGAGUAGUGAAUGAUCUUAAGAUUGCGAUCACGUCGAACAACAAAUUGCUUUUUCAAUCAAAUCCAACUUUUUUCUACCAAACAAUUUUUGGGAAGCAGAAGAAUAUUCAGCAUGGCUGCCAAGAUGAAUACGUUAUCACUGAAUAAAAGUGAAGAACAGCUUACAAAUAUCUUUUUAGAAGUGUCAAAACUUAUAGGUCAAGAGACCGAACAAGAACCAGAACUUCGAUUCGCAGGAGGGUGGGUACGCGAUAAACUCUUUGGAAUCGAAAGCCAUGACAUUGAUGUAGCAGUUGAUUGUAUGCCAGGAUAUGAUUUUGCUAAACGCCUGCAAACGUAUUUACAGGAGAAACAUCCAGAAUGCAGAACUCGCAUUGUCAAAAUUGACGCUAACCCUGAAAAAUCCAAGCACCUGGAGACUGCUACAGCCAAAAUUCUUGGCAAGGACAUUGACUUUGUCAACUUACGACCUCAUACUUUUUCGAAUUCUCAUCUGCACUUGAAUACAUCGAUAUUCGGAACACCCUUGGAGGAUGCUUUACGACGUGACGCUACGGUGAAUGCAUUGUUUUAUAAUUUACGUACAAAACAAGUAGAAGACUUUACAGAAAAGGGUUUGUCGGACUUGGAAAACAAAAUUAUUCGUACACCGCUACCUGCAGAUGAAACAUUUUCUGACGAUCCUUUACGAGCCGUUCGUUGUAUCCGAUUUGCCUCGAAAUUUAACUUUGAAAUCCAUCCAGAUACUUUCCUUGCUUUAAAAAACCAUAGCUUACAUGAGCGACUUCGCUCAAAUAUUAGUCGUGAACGUAUCGGUGUGGAAAUCGAUAAAAUUCUAUCCCAUUGUGACACUAGUCGAGCAUUCCGUAUCAUUCACGAUUCCGGUUUGUUUGCUCCUAUUUUUGGGCCUCUUCUUGGGCACUAUAAAAACAUCGUUUCAAAAAACUUGGACUCCCUUAGUCUUAUACCAAAAGCGAUUGAUCUGUUUGAUCAAUUGCGAGAGGAAGCGCCUUCCUUUAAAAAUCUGUCAUGCUCAGUACGAUAUGUCUUCUGGGUCGCCGUAGCCGUGCUCCCUUGGCAUAACUGGACGUAUGUCGAGAAAUCCAAGGAACGAUCACUGGCUCCUAUUCUCGUACGCGACAGUCUUAAAUAUAGCAAACCCAUCAUAUUGCAAGUAGAGAGCUUAUAUACUCAUUACCCUGCUGUUAUGAAAAGAAUUAGUACCUUAUCCUCUCAUGUCGAGUUAUCAAGGUUGGAGUAUGGUAAACUCGUACGCGAACUUGGACAAUAUUGGAAAGAUGUUAUCAACUGGGCUUUCUUUAUGAAUCUACUCACGAAAGGCUCUUUUACUGAAGAAGUAGACGAAGCGGUUAACAAAGUUCUCCCUUACUUUGAUUCUCUUAUAAAAAAUAUAGAGGAUCAUGAUUUGACUGAAGCUUACAGCAUUCAGCCCGUCCUAAACGGGAAAGAGCUAAGUUCGCUUUUAAAUACGAAGCCAGGACCACAUUUAAAACAAAUGUUGGAAGAGUCCGUAGAAUGGAAGUUGCAAUUUCCUGACAGAAAAAAAGAAGAUUAUAUUAAGUUCGUAACAGAGAAGUAUAAAACGGAUUCAUUCGGACAGAAAUAAAAAUUAAUUAAAAUUAUUAGGAAGUAAAUUAUAUUAUAAAUAAAGUAUAUCCAGGC